AUGUUUGUAUCGCCGCCAUUGCCAUUAGGCUUUGGACGAGUCUUACCGAGAUUGCGGGGGAAAGUGACUGAAGGUGAAUUCGAUGUACAGAAGGAAUCUCCAUCAUCUAGUACUCCUGAAAUACCUUUUGUGACGCCGCAACUAGAUUUUACUAAGGGACCGGGAGAUGAACUUCGAAAGAGGCUGCAGCUGGCACCGCAGUGUGACUUCGUUUCCUUCUCAGAUACGGAGAAGACUUCAUCUGCCCUCUUAAAUAUCUCCGAAAGUACAGAUACUACAGAUCGUAGUACUAUUGAGGAUUCUGUGUUAUCAAAAAGUGAGGUUGAUUCAGUAAUAUGGCUUGAGGACGCACUCCCGCGCAGAUACGACGACAUGUACGACCCAACAGUGUUUAUGAAUAACGAACUUUUCCCAAAUGGUCGCCCAAAAUUCACAAAACGCGCUUUGCUUGACUGGGACCUGAACGAUAUUCGUUCUCUGCUGAUAGUCGAGUCCAUGCGUCCGGAAUGGAAUGGGGUUAUGCCAAAAGUUCGCGUACUACAUAAUGAGGAUGCCAGAACCCCGCCAUUCAGAUUGGUACUGCUUCCUCUCGACGCACCGGACGAUGUUAUCGUUGCUACCCUUGUUGUAUCCGAUAUAUACUUGGAAGCCAAUCUAAAUUUCGAAUUCAAACUCACUAGUGCCCGGUACAUUGUCUCCGCAGCGCGUCGCCGUCAUCAACAACUGACAGGCUCCAAUGAGCCGAUAAUGCAUCUAUCUAAGCCCGAAUGGCGCAAUAUAGUGGAAAACUAUCUGUUGAAUCUUGCGGUGGAGGCACAAUGUCGGCACGAUUUUAAAUAUGCGUACUCACAAAAACGGUGCGCGCUGCGGCAGCGGUUUGUAAAGAGGCCAGAUAUGCCACCACCCUCUACAAAGCCUCGUCCGUUUGCUCGCCGAGCUCAAACGGAGCGUGCAAAAUUCCGUCUAAGUCGCGCAGAACAUGCGAGGUUAUGGUCGGAAUGCCAGACAGCGGUAUACCGCCGCCUGGGCCUCGACUGGGUUCCUGAUGGGCAAACAUAG